AUGCGUGAAGCAGAGGCUAACUUAGAAAGUCCAAUAAAAUCACAGAUUGAACUAAUCAUCAUUGCUUUUAUAAGAAUCAUCUUCAUUAUGAUCUGCAAGUGUUUUCAUUUUGCACUCUUUCUCUUUUCAAAUUCUUUGCAGGCAUUUGGACAGUCCUUCUCUAUCCACCGUAAAGUGGCUGAGGAUGGAGAGACUCGGGAGGAAACACUUCUACAGGAGUCUGCAUCCAAGGAAGCUUACUAUCUAAACAAGAUCUUGGAGAUGCAGAAUGAACUGAAGCAGAGCCGGACUGUGGUUACAAAUGUCCAGGCAGAAAAUGAGAGGCUCAUAGCUGUUGUACAGGAACUGAAGGAGAACAAUGAGAUGGUGGAGCUACAGAGAAUCCGAAUGAAAGAUGAAAUCCGAGAAUAUAAAUUCCGGGAGACCAGACUCCUUCAGGACUAUACAGAACUGGAAGAAGAAAAUAUUACAUUGCAGAAACUAGUGUCCACAUUAAAACAGAACCAGGUUGAAUAUGAAGGCUUAAAGCAUGAAAUUAAGCGAUUUGAAGAAGAAACAGUGCUACUGAACAGCCAGCUAGAAGAUGCCAUCCGACUGAAAGAGAUUGCUGAGCAUCAGCUGGAAGAAGCCCUUGAGACACUGAAAAAUGAAAGAGAGCAAAAAAACAACCUGAGGAAGGAGCUGUCCCAGUACAUCAACCUCAGUGAUAACCACAUCAGCAUCUCGGUAGAUGGGCUCAAGUUUGCUGAGGAUGGGGGUGAGCCAAACAAUGAUGACAAGAUGAAUGGACAUAUCCAUGGGCCUCUUGGGAAAAUGAAUGGAGACUACCGUACUCCUGCAUCAAGGAAAGGAGAAUCCCUACACCCUGUGUCUGACUUAUUCAGUGAGCUAAACAUUUCAGAAAUACAGAAAUUGAAGCAGCAACUCAUGCAGGUAGAGCGAGAAAAAGCCAUUCUUCUGGCCAACCUCCAGGAGUCACAAACCCAGCUAGAACACACCAAGGGGGCACUGACAGAGCAGCAUGAGCCAGUGCACAGACGCAAGGAGCUCAAGACUGAGCUAGACUGUGAGAAGGGCAAGAACUCAGCAGAGGAGGCCCACGACUAUGAGGUGGACAUCAAUGGCUUAGAGAUCCUUGAGUGCAAAUAUAGAGUGGCUGUCACUGAGGUCAUUGAUUUGAAAGCAGAAAUUAAGGCCUUAAAGGAGAAAUAUAAUAAAUCUGUAGAAAAUUAUACAGAAGAAAAAACAAAAUAUGAGAGUAAGAUCCAAAUGUAUGAUGAACAAGUAACAAACCUUGAGAAGACAUCUAAGGAGAGUGGCGAGAAGAUGGCCCACAUGGAGAAGGAGUUGCAAAAAAUAACUGGCAUAGCCAAUGAAAACCACAACACCCUCAAUACAGCCCAGGAUGAGUUGGUGACAUUUAGUGAGGAACUAGCACAGCUUUACCAUCAUGUAUGUCUAUGUAAUAAUGAAACUCCCAACAGAGUCAUGUUGGACUACUACAGGCAAAGCAGAGUUACCCGAAGUGGCAGCCUCAAGGGACCUGAUGAUCCCAGAGGACUUUUGUCUCCAAGAUUAUCCAGGAGGGGUAUGUCAUCCCCAGUAGAAUCAAGGACAUCAUCUGAACCAGUUUCAAAAGAAAACACAGAGACUAUUAAAGAGCCAAGUCCAUCUAAGACUCCCACAAUCUCUCCUGUUAUUACUGCCCCACCAUCAUCUCCAGUUUUGGAUACAAGUGAUAUCCGCAAAGAGCCAAUGAAUAUCUACAACCUCAAUGCCAUAAUCAGGGACCAAAUCAAACAUCUGCAGAAAGCAGUGGACAGAUCCUUACAGCUAUCUCGUCAAAGAGCAGCAGCCCGAGAGUUGGCUCCCAUGAUUGAUAAGGACAAAGAAGCCUUAAUGGAAGAGAUUCUCAAGCUGAAGUCCUUGCUAAGCACCAAACGGGAGCAGAUUGCCACACUGAGGGCCGUGUUGAAAGCCAAUAAGCAG